CCCGGAGAUCCGCGCCCUCCGCUUCGCCCGCCGCUGGCUGCCGUAGCCAGAGCCCUGGGUUUGGCUGUUCGGGGAGGGGGAGAUGCUGUUGUGGACGAGCUUCUGCCUGGGGGCACUGUAACCGCGUUUGCCUUGCCUUUCUCUCUCACUGCCUUUUCUCCUGCGAAAAUCUUACUUAGAUGCUCUUAGGGCUGUCUGUAGUGUCAGCCUUUAUUACCUCUCAGUGUGAGCUUGGAUGCUUGGUUGUUUUGUUUUGUUGUGUUGUUUUCCCCUGGUUAAUGAAUGUACUUAGCAAGUCGCGUUUCACAAUUACUCCUUGUGGGUGCGAUCGUUUUUAAAUUAUUAUCAAUUAUGAACCCGUGAAAGGAGUUAAGUAGUGGGUGUGUGUGUGGCAGACUGAGGCUACUUACCUGGGUGUGUUUGACUCACUAGUGUAGUUCAGUAGUCACUACGGAAACUAAGAGCCAAAGCGUUACCUGCUGAACCGAAAACACCUGGAAGACUCCAGUGAAAAUUGGAGUGUGACAAGUUAGCAGAGGAAGGGAGUUGUUGUCUCCAUUCCAUGGAUCCCUUGGGUGCUCCUUCCCAGUUUGUGGAUGUUGACAGUCUGCCAGGCUGGAGUGAUGCCUAUGAGGCUAAGCAACUAGAUUGUCACCAAAGUCCUGUUGAAAAAGCUCAAGUUGAUGUUAGAUCACCUUUUCCAUACAGGAAAGACAUCAAUGAAAAAAUAAUCUUGUGGAAAGGAGAUGUCGCGCUGUUGAACUGCACGGCCAUCGUAAACACCAGCAAUGAGACUCUCACGGAUAAGAACUCAGUUUCUGAAAGUAUAUUCAUGCAUGCUGGGCCUGACCUGAAGGAUGAGCUCCAGAAGCUCAAAGGCUGCAGGACAGGCGAGGCCAAGCUGACGAAAGGCUUUAACCUGGCUGCGCGUUUCAUCAUUCACACGGUGGGCCCCAAGUACAAGAGCCGGUACCGCACGGCGGCCGAGAGCUCCCUGUACAGCUGCUACCGCAACGUCCUGCAGCUCGCCAGGGAACAGGCAAUGUGCUCCGUAGGAUUUUGUGUCAUUAACACUCUGAAAAGAUGCUACCCCUUGGAGGAUGCAACGCACAUAGCCCUGCGCACAGUUAGGAGGUUUCUGGAGGUUCACGGAGAGACUCUGGAGAAGGUGGUGUUUGCUGUCUCUGAGCUUGAAGAGGCCACUUACCAGAAGUUGCUGCCUCUGUAUUUUCCGAGAUCGUUGGAGGAAGAGGUCCAAUCCUUGCCUUACCUCCCUGCAGAUAUUGGCAAUGCGGAAGGGGAGCCGGUGGUACCAGAGCGGCAGAUCAGGAUUACUGAGAAGCCAGGCGUGCCGGAUGAUGCUUCAGAUGAAGAGGGUCUGGAGGCAGAUUUGUCUUUCAUUGGGUCCCACGCUUUUGCCCGCAUGGAGGGAGACGUUGAUAAGCAGAGGCGCCUCAUCCUUCAGGGACAGUUGUCAGAGGCAGCGCUGCAGAAACAGCACCAGAGGAAUUACAAUCGCUGGCUGUGUCAGGCGAGAGCUGAAGACCUCUCUGACAUUGCUUCUCUUAAAGCUUUGUACCAGACAGGUGUGGAUAACUGUGGCCGCACUGUGAUGGUGGUGGUUGGAAGGAAUAUCCCUGUAACAUUGAUAGACAUGGAAAAGGCUCUUCUGUAUUUCAUCCACGUCAUGGACCAUAUUGCAGUGAAGGAAUAUGUCCUGGUGUACUUCCAUACGCUCACAAAUGAUUACAAUCAGCUAGACUCUAACUUCCUGAAGAAACUCUAUGAUGUUGUUGAUGCCAAGUACAAGAGGAACUUGAAGGCAUUGUAUUUUGUCCACCCAACAUUUCGUUCAAAGGUCUCAGCAUGGUUUUUCACAACCUUUACAGUCUCAGGGCUAAAGGACAAAAUCCACUAUGUGGAAAGCCUUCAGCAGUUGUUCACAGCCAUACCCCCAGAACAGAUUGAUCUUCCCCCUUUUGUCCUCGAGUACGACGCCAGGGAAAAUGGGCCUUACUAUUCUUCUUAUCCUCCAUCCCCUGACUUGUGAGCUGCAGUCCUGUGACGCUGCCACUUUCCCAUGGAUCCAGUGACCUGAUGAUGCCUGCCAAAACCUGUGCAUUUACCCAUGUACAGAACUCAGAGAGAGGGUUUUCCUCCCCCAGCUCUGGUAUUUUUUUACUGAUGAGAUAUUUUCAAGCACUCAAGCAAUCAGAGAACUUUAUGCCACUGUGAACUGUACAACUAUUUCAAAUAUAUUUAUCCAACGGAAAAGCUGAUUUAAAGAUCACUAGAUGCAUUUGUUUGUUUGUUUGUUUUGUUUUGUCAUUGCUGCUGUUGUUGUUUUUUGAAGCUGUUACAUUAUUUUUCUGAAGAGACUUUCACUUUUCUGGGAAAUCCAUCAAAAGCACUUGGAGAUGUUUUUAACUAUUACCAUUUUCCAGCUCUGUUUGUAAUGCCCAUUUCUGACUGGUCUGUACAAAUGUUGUGCAAUACCAGCCUGGCAAGUCACUCAUCACACGGUCUGUGUUUCACAUCGGAUUCCUUUCUCUUUCUGUUAGUACCGAUUACUUUAGUCUUGACCCAACAAAGCUGUCUGGAAUUGGGAAUGCCGUGUCUGCAGGCUGACAAAGCACCACAGCCAAGCCACCAUUACUCCAGGAUUUAGUCCCACAAGCUGCCAGGUGAGCUGGGAGCCUCGAGAAAGUCCCUGUCAGUUUUCAUUGGAUGAUGUGAAGGACCACGUCGGGGUGCCGCUGCGCUCCCAGUAAGAAUAAAACCGAAAAGCA